AUGGCUUUAUUAGAGGAGAAUAUAAACACGACAAGUGAAGACACUGAUCAAUCUAAUAAUAAAAACUGGAGGGAAAUAUUAAAAACCAAAUCUCAAUUUGUCCCACCCAGCCAUAUUUCUCCUCAGGCCAUUACUUUCCUGAAUCUAGUUUGCAAUGACAUUUUGACUAUAAAAGACAGUGGAUACUCCACAGGUAACAUUAAUCAAGCAGAAAUAGAAGCAUUACAAGAAAUGACAAAAUGGACAGAUGUCCAAAUUAAAAACAGCGAUAAAGGGGGUAACAUAGUAAUAUGGCCAACCACUAUGUACGUAGAGGAAGCCAUGAAACAACUAUGUAAUAAAACCAACUAUAAAAAAUUACUGGGAAACCCGACGCAAAACUUUCUUGAAAUUUAUUGCAAACUUAUUAAUACUGCUCUGGCUGAUAAAAUCAUCGACCAGAAGGAAUAUAAGUACUUAACUGUCAAUAACCCCAAAGUAGCCACAAUGUACCUACUGCCCAAAGUCCAUAAAAAUAUCUCCUGUCCACCAGGGAGACCCAUUGUCUCAGUGUCCGAGCAGAGCACGGCAGGUCAAAAGGUGGCCGUGAUGGGCGAGUGGACAAUAUUGGAGCGGCUUUUGGAGGCUGCCGUACAGCAGCACUCCACUAUGAUUGGAAGGAUUUUGCUGACCGUGGUUGUUAUAUUUCGCAUCUUGAUUGUGGCUAUUGUUGGAGAGACCGUCUAUGAGGAUGAGCAGACCAUGUUCAUGUGCAAUACUCUCCAACCUGGUUGUAACCAAGCCUGCUAUGACAGAGCAUUUCCCAUCUCCCACAUUCGUUACUGGGUCUUCCAGAUCAUCCUAGUUUGCACUCCAAGUCUCUGCUUCAUUACCUAUUCUGUACACCAGUCAGCCAAGCAGAAAGACCGUAGGUACUCCUUCCUAUAUCCAUUGCUGGAUAAAGAACUUCCAAGGGAGAAUCGGAGAAUAAAGAACAUCAAUGGGAUUCUCAUGCAGAACCCUGACCUCUCUUCCAAGGAUGAACCAGACUGUCUUGAGGUCAAAGAAAUCCCUAACACACCCAAGAAAGCAGCUAAGAGUGCCAAGGUCAAACGUCAAGAAGGAAUCUCUAGAUUUUAUAUCAUCCAGGUCUUUUUCAGGAAUGCACUGGAGAUUGGCUUCUUGGCUGGUCAAUACUUCCUUUAUGGUUUCAGCGUGCCUCCCAUCUUUGAGUGUGAUCGCUACCCCUGUGUAAAAGAGGUAGAGUGUUAUGUGUCCAGGCCCACUGAGAAGACAGUUUUCCUCGUCUUCAUGUUUGCUGUUAGUGGUAUCUGCGUUCUUCUCAACUUGGCAGAGCUCAAUCAUUUGGGGUGGCGAAAAAUCAAAACCGCAAUGCGAGGGGUGCAAGCACGCAAAAAAUCAGUGUGUGAGGUUCGAAAGAAGGAACCUUCUACUCUAACUCAAGUGCCAACAUUAGGUAGGACACAAUCCAGUGAGUCAGCUUAUGUUUGA